AUGGAAGAAUUGAUUGAAAAUUAUAUGCUGAAGUCUAAAUCAGUUGGAACUUCUAAUGAAGGAAGCAAUGUAGUUUUGAUUGAUAAUACUCUUGUGGACACUAAUAGAGUUAUCGGUUUGUAUGAUGAGACACCAGUGUUAAAUCCCUCAUGUGUGAGGCCAAAAGGGAUAAGUAACGCUAGAUUAAAGCCUACUUUUGAGAAACGAAAGAAGAAGACAUCACUCUCAAAAAAAAUCAAACAACCAAGAAAAGGAGGUUCUUCACAAACCUCACUUCACGCGCCCAAUUAUUUAAGUAUGACUUUGCCAACAACAAAUGGUUGUUUUCCUCCAUCUAAUCAGAAUGUUGGUUGGGUACUUCAAGGGAGAGGCUUUCUUGUUCUCCUAGGUCAUUAG